AUGUUUCGAUUGCUUCCAUGGUCUUCUGCCGUUGGGGCCAAUAAAGUGACAGCGGAGGAGUUGAAGAUGCUAGGCGCGCCCCAGCGGAGAUCUCCCAUCGUGGAAAAUCAUGCCAUUCACAUGUUGAAGAGGAAGCGUGCGGACUCCAGUGAAAGGGUCACUCCUGCGCCAGAACGCUUCCAACACUCCAAGAUAUAUACCCGUCCCUUUGAUGCGAAUGGCAAUGAUAGGACAACAAUAUCUCCACACUCACCCUCGUCAAUGGGGAAACUAGAAUCCCCAAAGCCAUCGCCACAACGUGACCCCCCAACCCACAACUCGCUACAAGCUAUGACACAAACUACGGAGUCUGGAGACAAGCCCCCGUCCACAAUCCCAGUGGAAUCAGAAUCAACAGCAACUGCAGGAACAGCCCUGAAAAUGGAUACAGAAACUUUACGCCGCACGCUCGAAUCUCAGCUGAGCCUGGAAAUACUCCUGAAACAUGAUGAGCUACGAUUGAUCGACCAGGAAAUGGCGAAAUGUCAAGUCGCACUGGACCAACUUCGUCGGUGUUCCGAAAUUCCGUAUCCUGGAUCAAAUAUUUUGGGGCUCUCCUACGAUGUCAGCAACGGCACUGGAAACGCAAUAAUGCCUGCGGCCGUGCAUGGUCCACCACCAAUAUCACCAUCGCCGUGGGGUGUCGCUGAUGGGCCCUACAGCAGGCACUAUGCUAAGUGGCUACUUCCUGACCACCGGUUUGAUGGAGGUGAGGUUGAGACUCCGAUUCCCCUUUCCGCAAUAGCAGCAGGCACGCCCACAGACGGACGGAUAACACGUGGUUCGUGGUCAGAACAAGGGGUUACUGGGACUUUGCGUUCACAACGCGGCUCUGCUGGCUCCAAAUUGCAAGCACUAUCUAGCGGGUAUCCGCAACCGAAGGAUAAAGCCGGACCUAUGAUAAUAAAGCGCAAGAGCGAUGGCCAACUUGUCAAAUUAGUUUGUCUUGAUUGCAGGAGGGAGAAUUUCUCCAGCACCCAAGGCUUUAUCAACCACUGCCGGAUUGCGCAUAACAGGAAUUUCGCAAGCCAUGACGCUGCUGCUGCUGCAUCCGGAGAGCCGGUAGAAGUCGACGAGAAAGGCAUGGUUAUUGGGAAUAAUAACGAUGCACCUGCAGGAACCGCGGUUGGAUAUGUGCAUCCUCUGAUACGGUCAGCUCUCCUUGUUGGUUCUACUCCGCAACCUGGUGCGCGUCGCACGGGCUCCCAGAAUCAAACAGCAAAGCGGCCCAGUGUCAGCGGAACACCUCGUUCUUGCAGCAAUCAGCCUGGAAACGGAUCUUCGUCGUCGCAAACCGAAAAGACCUCUAUUUCAAGCCAUCCGCGACCCCAGAAAAUUGUCGUUGAAUCUCCCCGUUCCUCCUUUCAAGCUUCUCCGAAGACUCCAAAUCUAUCUUCCCUAAUGAAAAGAAGGGGUAUGACAGUGGAUCUGCUUGACAUCGUGAAUGACGCCUUGACGAAAACAGAACUGGACAUGUUUUCAGAGGAUGAGUUAAGCGAUGGGGCAGAAACCGAGAAUGAACACCCAAACCACGAUCGAUCUAAGCUUAGUGUCCGAGGAAGCAGAUUACCCGCGCGAACGAUAGUUUCACCAUCCAAUGUAUCAUGGCCCGAGAGCCGAAAACGAGUUGAAAAACCAAGCUGCAAGCCUCACCCCGCUCCUUUUCCCCUUCCCCCCUCGCCUCGAACCCCUUACGUAUCUCCAUAUGCCCCAGCUUCAGGGUCCACUCAUGCUCACGACAUCGACAACCAAAGAAGUCAAGAAAACAACGUCGAUAUAAUAAUGGCUGAUUCGAUUUCUUCUGAUCUCAGUCCUCACACUGCGGAGUCGAACCAGGCACCAAGCCUUGUCAGUGAUGACGAGGAUUAUGAAGCACCGUCAGAAUCAGUAACACCUAGCCCCAGCCCUUCCGUGGCAAGCGAUGUGGGUCCCGACAACAUCGAGGUUCGGGAUGGUGAUGAGGGCAGCGGGGGAGGCACGAACGUAGCCACCACAGCAGCGUCAGAUACGAAACCAGGACCCGAAAUUACCAGCCCUUCCAAACAUCACCCUCCCCAAGUUCCUCGAGAAGUUUACAAGCGGGAAAGGCCCAGGAAGAAGAAGAGAAGCUCUCAGAAUACCGGAGAAGCACUUACUGUUACCGCUCCUACUCCCGCGACCCCGUCCCGUGCCAGUGAGAAAGAUCAGAGGCAUGUUAGCUUUGUGAGUCCGAUUACCACUCCACGAAGAACGUCGAAGGAUGGCGGUGGAAAGAGAAAUCGUCGUGGAUAG